AUUUUGACUAGGAACAAACAUAACAUGGAUAUUCUUGGACAUCUUCUACUUGUUGCACUUUUCCAAGGAUUUUUUCUGGACUUAACCAAAUGCUCAGAAUGCAAGGCAUAUGUUCCGAAGAAAAUAAGGGCUUUACAUGGAUCUUGUGUAGUUAUUCCAUGCCACUUCACUUGCACUGAGAAGCAGGCUCAUCAAAAUCUCACAGCCAUAUGGUUUCAGGAUGGAUCACAUCGCAAGCAGCUGUUUAAUAGCUAUGAUACCAAUUUAGUAGAUACAUCGUUUAAAAACCGGACUAGUUUGGUAGGGGAUAUGGUUGAUGACAACUGCACCAUAAUAAUUAAUAAUGUUGUGUCUUCGGAUGAAAAUCAGUAUUAUGUCUGGAUUGCUCCUACCCAAUCACCUCUUCAAAAUAUGGUCUAUAGUGAUAAAAUUUAUCUUGAGGUAUCAUCUUCACCACAGACUAUAUACAUAACCAAUAUCGGUGAAAUGACUGAAGGGAUAAAUGUUAAAAUCCAUUGUUCUAUGAAGCACACAUGCCCCGCCUCUCCUCCUUUUUUGAAGUGGAAUUGCUCAAGAAAUAUAAUUAUAUCCCGUCAUGAACCACUGCAAGACGGAGAGUGGAAGAUUUAUUCAUCGUUGCAAUACAAUCCAAGAGCAAAUGAUAAUGGGCAUAAAAUUCAGUGCUUAUUAACUGAUCACAAUGUUCUAGUGUCAUCUAAGUCUCUUGACCUUAAUGUAAUAUACCCACCUAAACAAGUCAACAUAACCAGCACUAAUGAGGAUAGUCAAGUAAAGGAAGGGGAAUAUGUAUCACUUGAAUGCCACACUUACAGUAAUCCAGCCCCUACACAUUAUAUCUGGUAUAAAGACAAUAUGAUGGUCCUUAACCAUUCACAAGCAAUUCUACAAAUUGAGAGGAUGACUGAAGAUGAAGCUGGACAUUAUAAAUGUACGGCCCAUAAUCAUCUGGGAGAGGGGAUAUCUGCAUCAUUGGUUAUAACUUGUGUUAGAAAUACGUCUUUGCUUGGCUAUAUUCUGGGAACACUUGGUGGAAUUAUUGUGAUCAACCUUCUUGUGCUAGCAGUAAUCUUUCUGAGUAAACAAUGGAAAUCUAAAUCAGUGGGUGAAGAUAAAGCUGGCUUCGCUUGCAAUACUUAUAUGAACAUGAUGUCUAGUGUGAAUCCUGGUGUAAAUGAAGAGAACCCAUAUACUGCUUUGGAUGCAAAUUCAAUGUGUGCUCCCUAUGAAGAACUGAAGGUUGGCUCCGCUGAAUAUGUUGAAGUUUUUGGCUCAAGUUUACCUUCAUAAAGAUAAGGGUCAUAACCUCACUAACCUACUAUGAAAAAAAAAUCCCACAAAGCAGAUCAAUUAAUUAAAUAACUUAGACCACAUAUAACCACUUGAUGUGAUUUUUUUUAACUUCAGUAACAAACACUCAGUAAAAGCAACAACACAUUAUUAGUAUCAUUGAUGACUGUAUAGAACUAACCUUGUGGAACUUAAGUCAUCUGGUCCAUUUCAGUAGUAAUCAGCACAAUAUUAGUAAACGUACAAAACACAUUUUUCUGAAGGAAACCUACUUCAAUUUUAGAUGGUAAAUUUGACUUUCUUCAUGGCUAGUGGCUUUUUGUCAUGACAAAUGUAGUAUAAUUAAGUUGUGAGAUAAUAACUCCUAUGUAUUAAUUACUUCUAAUCAAAUAAAUAAAUGUUUCAUGUGUUUGUUUUACAUUAAUGUUAUACUUCUGAUGUAAAAUGCUAAAAUACAAUAAAGAAAGUGUUUUCAAUAAUAUUGUUAAA